AUGGGUGCAUGCGUAGGAAAGCCGGACGUCAUCCGAAACAGCGUGGUCGUCUCCGACAACGAACGUAGGCCGGUGGCAUCCGCUGAGGUACUGGUCGAGCCGAAGACCACAAAAAGCGACAUUGUGUCACGGAGCAAGUUCAUCAUCAGCCACCCCGGUGAUGUCCAGGAUAUGUACACUUUGCAGCCGACUAAGAUCGGCGAAGGUACCUAUGGCUCUGUCACCAUCGGUGUGCACAAUAGCACGCACCAGCAGCGUGCCAUCAAGACGAUGUCCAAAGCCAACAUGAAGCAUGUGGCCCGCUUCCAGCAAGAGAUCCAGAUCAUGAAGACAAUGGAUCACCCGAAUAUCAUCAAGCUGUAUGAGACCUUCGAGGAUCGGAAGCACAUCUACCUGGCCAUGGAGUUGUGUACAGGCGGCGAGCUGUUCGAUCGGAUCAUCGAGGUUGGCCAGUUCACCGAGAAGGACUGCGCCAUCGUAGUUCAGCAGAUGCUCUCCGCGGUCUUCUACAUGCAUACCCGUGGCGUGUGCCAUCGCGAUCUAAAGCCUGAGAACUUCCUUUUCCUGUCCAAGGGUCCUAUCGAGAACACGCUGCUGAAGAUCAUCGACUUCGGCUUGUCCAAGACCUUUGAUGCGUGCGUUCCCAUGGCCACGAAAGCCGGCACACCUUACUACGUGGCACCCCAGGUCUUGCAUGGCAAGUACGACAACUCAUGCGAUCUUUGGAGCUGUGGGGUCAUCAUGUACACGAUGCUUUGCGGCUAUCCGCCCUUCUACGGCAAAACUGAUCAGGAGGUGCUGAGCAAGGUACGGAAGGGCGUGUACCAGUUCGAGCCAAAGUAUUGGAGGCAUAUCUCACAGGAUGCAAAGAAGCUGAUUGGGAUGCUUCUCAAAUUCGAGCCAGAGUCCCGCUACACCGCUGAGGAGGCCCUGCAGGACGUCUGGAUCAAGGAUCGCGCGCCAAAAGCCGAGAACAUUUGUCUGCAGGAUCGCAUCAUGCACAACCUGAAGAGCUUCAGGUCCAAGAACAAGCUGAAGAAAGCGGCCUUGAACAUCAUCGCCUCGCAGAUGAGCGAAGCCGAGAUCGCGGACCUGCGGGAGAUCUUCAAAGCUCUCGACGUGAAUGGUGAUGGCUUUUUGACCACGACAGAGCUUAAAGACGGGAUCACGCGGGCAAAAGCUCGAAGCCCGACGAUCGACUUGCAGGCGAUCAUGGAAGGCGUGGAUGCGGAUGGCAGCGGUCUUAUCGACUACACGGAGUUCUUGGCCGCCACGUUGGACAAGAAAGUCUACCUCCAGCGAGAUGUUUGCUUUGCGGCCUUCUCCGUCUUCGACCGGGAUGGGGAUGGGUGCAUCACUCUCGACGAGCUGAAGCAGAUCCUGGAAAAUGGCUCCGUGGAGGAAGUGAUCGACACCUGGACAUCUGAGGAGCUCCUCCAGGACGUCGAUCGAAAUGGCGAUGGCUCUAUCGACUUCGAGGAGUUCAUGGAAAUGAUGCGGGGAGGGAGGUCAAUGUCCAUGGAGACAGAAACUCCCAAGGGCGGACGCUCCCCGAGUCUCCUACGGUCGCGCAGCCGCGGUAGCCGAACCCCUCGCAAGAAGAUCUAG